UACUGUCAAGCGUUAAAAAAUGCUAGUCUGAAUUCGUUGAACAGCACGCUUCGAAGCAAGAAAUCAGAUUUAUCACACCUAGUUUUUUGCACAAAGUUUCAGCAGUAUUUUUCAAAAUGGUAAUGUCAAGAUGUACCGCUGUUGGCUCGAUAGUCACUGGUUGUAUUAUGCUGGGUUUUGCUCUCAUCACUGUGAUCUGUGGUGCAGUCUCAGCGAGCAAGUUGUCAGGCGAAAAAGCUGCCACGGCUGGUUUGUGGUCGCUUUAUUACGCUGUGCCAGGAAUACUCACUAUUGCCGCUGGAGCCACCAAAAAGAGCAUUGUGAUGGGAUUCGCCUUGUUCUUCAAUAUCAUCGCAGUGAUAGUUUCCAUAGGCGGUUCGAUAGCAUUGAUCAUUUUUACAAUUCUGUUAAACGAAGUCGUAGAGGACGAAUGCACAUAUUUUGAGGAUACAUGCACUUGUAGUUAUGGUGGUGAAUCUGGGAACAUUAAUUGCGAUGAUCUUGACACUCUUCGCAAUAUUAUCAUCGUCUGUCUUGUAUUUUUCAUCAUUCUGACUGUCACCACCUUCACUGCAUCAAUCCUUGGUUGCCUGGGUACCUGCUGUGCUCCUGUUGACCCAAUUAUUGUUGUCGCCCCAAUGCAACCUACAGGAAGUGCAGUUGUUGUUGCCAGCAACCAAUCAUCGUCUGUACAACAUGGUUACCCUGGGGGCGCGCCGCCUGCUUAUGGCUACGACCAACCCCAAGAAUCCGGAGACAAGAAAGUCCUCGUUGAUAGCAUGGUCAUUUGAAUAUGUUUCUAUUGCCCUAAAUUUCACGUGAUCCCAUGUAAUUGUUUAUUCAUCACAUAGACAGCUUAUAUUUUGUAUCAGGCAUAUAUUUUGUAUCCCGCAAUAAAACGUUAAAAUGUAACCCUAUUAACAAUGUAACCGUAUAACAAAAGUAAUCAUUUUGCAAUCCUUCUUUUUUGACCCAGAAACGAAUGAGCAUUUUAACUUCUUAAUAACAUAUAAUUAUGUAUACCUUCCUCAUUUGAAGAUGUGAUAAGCUAUUCCUAUCAAAGGUACCCAGUACGUAUGCAGUCUAUAUAAAUACUGAAUUUAUAAUAUACGCGUACCAAUUUUGUAAUAUUUAUCUUAAAAAUCAUCAUUAAAAAAUGUUUUGAUACCGUA